CGUCGUGUCGCCAUCGUCGCCGUCGUCACCAAUUCGUCCGCAACAGCUCUCUGAGCCCGCCGCGUUGUACACUAUACUAUCCUGGCGGAAUGCCGCCAAUUCCGGCAUCAGCACUGGGGGAGCGGCGAACAGGAACCCCAGUGGGAAUACCUGCGGCGAGCACUUGCGAUGAUGGCCUAGCACUUCCAGCCGAAGAUCAGGACGAUGUCGCGAGACCGGCGAGGCUGGAGCCCUCCAUACUAAGCCGCCAGCAUCCAUUACCACAACCACAACCACAACCACAACCGCCACCAUUACCGCCCUCGCCAUUGACAUCCGUCUUUGCCACCUCUCACCACUCACUGAGCAGGCAGAACCUGAAACUUAACGGCCGAGGCCGUGAACCACUGCAACUAGAUGCACCAGGCACCAUUCAGUCGUGGUGGUCUGGCCUGUACAUCGAGGACAGGCCGCAUGUCGAAGACAAACCGCAUGUUGAGGAUGAGUUGAUGUUGUCCUCUCCGCCACCAGAUCCCGGCUCGCCGAUCGAGGUUGAUCAGCCAUCGCCCCCCGCGCCCGAAUCCACCCUGUGGGGCCGGCAAAGAAGCAGCACGGCCGUGAUAGACUCGCGGCUGGAGAACAUGAUAGCAAGCGAGAUGCAGUGUACCGUGUACAGUGGACCCCAGCCGGCGGCGUCGUCAUUGUCGCCAAUGCGGCUGGCGCCGAUCCUCGAACCCAGGGCGAGCCCCCCGCUUGGCCUCGAGGUUGACGAUGCCUAUACCAACGGCACGGCUGAUAUCGAGGAGGAGGAAAGGGCCUUCAACGAGUCCCUCCUAUCCCUGCGGCGCACUGGCCACCCCGGCGGCAUCCGGAAGCACGUCGGCAUGAACGGUGCGGGCUACCCGCUGCGGUUUCGGUUAUCUGCGGAUGCAGCCCUGAGCUGUCAAAACGUGGUGCUGAGCCGGCCGAGAAUGCGAAGGAGGGACAAGCGGCGCCCCGAGAGCUCGCCUCUCCUCUCACCCCAACUCCAUCCUGAAUUAUAGCAGGGGUUUCCCAUGUACGAUGUGCUUUGUUCUCAGAUGCGGCAGGUGGUUAUAUCCUCGGAAAUUCGGUUUGGAGUAUUGCUCUUUUUUCUUCUUUUCUUUCUUGUCUAUCUGUUGGUCAAUUACAGGAGUUUGGAGAUGAGUACAUUUUCGAAUCGGCUUUUCACGGAGUAGGCGAAAGACGAGAGACGGGCCCCCAGCAUCGGUGCAUACUGAGGCGUUCCACUCUUGUCCGAUCACAAAGAAACAUUGCAUUAAAACGGGGCAUUCUAGAUUUGGGGGGAGGGGGGUCAAGCGGGUUUUGGUUGACCUCGCAGGUCCUUUCAAGCGCUUAUUCUUGUGUUUCAUUUUCCAUUUUC